CAGAGGAUCGCCGUGAUCCACCUCCUCUGCUCUCCUGGGCGCCUGAUACUCGCCGAGGCCUCACUACCUGCUCGAGAUGCGCGCGGGCCGAUGGCCGCACGCCACGGCAGCAGCGGUGGUGCUCCUGGCCGCGACGAUCUCCAUGGCGCGGGCGGACUCGUUCCAAGGAGGAUGGGUGCCGCUGACGGCGCCAUGCCCCACCUGCAGGAACUCGAGGGACGUGGACCGCGAUGCGCCCAGGCCCCGGGCGACAGAUGCCGCGCAGUUCCAUCACCCACCGCCGCCUCUUCCCUCGGCGCCAGUGGCCACCUUCGUCAACCAGCAGGUGCAGCAACACUUCCUGCAGCAGCGACCGGACAUCCAGCAACUCAUCGGCCCGCCGGCGAGCCAGCAGUCGCCCGCCCUGCUGCCGCCCUCCGCGCAGGGGUUCUUCCCGGCCUCCGGCUUGAGCCUCGCCGGGCUGCUGCGGCUACAGCAGCAGUAUCUGCCGCUGCAGCAGCAGCAGCAACAGCAGCCGCUCCUCCCGCUGCCCUUGGGGACGCCUCCGCUGGAGCCGGCGCCUCCCGAGGAGCAGCAGUCGACGACGCAGGCUCCGCGCAACGUCACGGACGGAGAGGAAGUGCAGCUGCUGUACGUGCCGGUGGAGACUCUCAGGCAACGGGGUCAGCUACAGGCCGAGCAGAGAGAGAGGCUCCACCAGGAGAAGAGGGAGCAGCAGGAGUCGCCCGCACCCCAACAGCAGAGCACACGAGGACAGCAGAGCACACGAGGACAUCAGAGCCAGCCGGCGACACAAAGACCCGCUCCAAACACACCACCUCUCUCCGUGUUCAUGGACAGUGAGGGAAGAGCGGUCAAGAUCUCGGAUGUGGUGCGAAUUUUGAAAACGGCCAAGAUGGUCGAUGUGCUGGAUACUGUGGGGCCCGACUCGCCACAGAUAUUCGUGGGGCCGUCGAACCUUGAGACACCGGAGGGUUACACGAAGUUCGAGCUUCCGUAUCUGUCGUCUAUCGAUUCUAACAGAGUGGAGAGGCGGGUCGACAAAUUGCCUUUUUUCGUAGCUCCACUCAGCUUUAAGCCACCGGCAGGGUACUCGAAGAUACCAUUCCCACCUCCUCAUGUUGGCUCUGUUGUUGUUACAAAUGAAGUAACAACCUCGCCUGAAAAAAAUGGUAUCCAAGAGAAGUCAACAGAACCUCCCAUUAAAAGUGCUAUAAGCAGACAGCCAAAUACAUACAGUCUUCCUCCUGACCUUCCACCGAUUAAUCCACAACUUCCUUCACUUGUAAAUUCUUUAGAAGAUCCAGCACGAGGUCAAAAUGUUCUUCUUGUGCCACAAGAUGAUCAGUUCAGCACACCGCCACCAACACAGCCAUCAACCAGGCCGACAUACAUAUUCAAACAAUCACAGAGAAACAACUUCAGAGGACAAGAACCCACUUCCAAACAAAAUAAAAGUCAAAUUCAGCAGUUAUCUUCAACCCAACCACCACGAGAAAUCCUGGUACAACCGCGACUACAAUACCAGUCACAAAUAAAUGUGGAACAAGAAGACGAAAGAUUAGUCCCAAGCAUUGCACCAACGAUAGCACAAUUUCAAUUUCCUACCCAGGAUGCACCACGACAACCAGAAGGCAAUUUGCGGCAGGGCCAAUAUUUGAUUAGUCAAUUUACUGCUCAGGAAAGUACAACUUCAGGUCAGCUCCCUGAAUCUUUGAAAACAGUAGGUCAAACUUCACAAACAGGCAGAAAAUUACAUAGAGGACGUUUCCAAAAUAAUCAGUUUAGUGGGAAGGAAAUAGCAAGCACAUCACCCCCUGCUAAUACACACAUUCCAGGUCAUAACAGCCAAAGCCAGCAGAUUUCUGAUCAUAUCCAAAGAAGUCAACUUCACCAAAUUCAAUACCCGACACAAGAAACUCAAAUCCCAAGCGAGACUCCCAGCAAACAAAACUAUGAUCAAAAUAAUCACAAUCAACAUAGCGUGAACCAACAGUACAACAGGUUCCAGCAAAACUCAUUUACUUCCCAACAGGGAAAUAUUGAGAGUGAUACACCUUCUUCACUUGGUCAAAAUGAGCAAUUACAGUCUACUACUUAUCAACCUCAAAGAGGCAGACAUAACCAAUUUGCUCAUGAGAACUCACAUAGUCAAACUGAAGCAUCAGUAACAUCAUAUAUUCAAAACCAAUCCGAAGAGGCAUAUUUGACAACAGAAAAUCACCAGAGAGGGCGACUUCACCAUAACCGACUAAUAGAACGCACAACGGAAAAAACACACACUACAGAGCCUAAUCCAAAACAAACAGUGACACCUGCUUCAUCAACUGCCACAUUUUCCUUGAAAGAAACAGUUCCAGUUUCACAAACUGGAGGUCAGCAGGUAACUGGUCAAACUAUUGAUUCAACUAAAUUUCAACAAUACUUAGAUUUGUUGAUAAGCGAUCCUCAGAGCAGUGGAUUGCCAUCACAGUCUCAAGAAGCAUUAUAUAAACUACGAGAGCUAAUAGCUCAAAAUCCAUUACUUUUGAGUCCACAACAUGGUAGCAUAAAGACUUUAGAACAAGGCAGUAACCAGCCAAAUCCUAGUGAUAAGCAAAUAUUAUACCAAAAAGAAACAAUAAAUGGGUUUUCUCAUAGCCGGACUGAGCAACCUACGUCACCCAAACAACAAAGUAUCUACACAACAACAAUUUCACCUACAUUCAGUUCUUUUAGGAGACAACCAAGCAGAGGGCGUCAACGUAUAACUACAUCUACACAUGCCCCAACCUUAGCAACUACUCCUAACUCACGUAGAUCUUAUCACAGAAACAGACGUCCUGUGCAAACACGCACACGAAAUCAAGAACUGACAACUAAAGCACCUACAACCACUACCACAAAGGCAUUUAUACCAAACCAAAGCUAUGACUCUCAGGCACCAAUCGAGAACUAUCCACCAGCAUAUUUUACCCAAAGCCAGCAGCAAAUACGAGCUCAGAAUUCUGGGUCAACCAGUACACUGGACAGCUAUGAGAAGUCACCAGAAAAUGAUGCACCAUUAAUACAAAAUUCACAGUAUGAGGAACAAACAGAAGUACCUUCAACAACUGCACAACCACUCAUAACUCAACAGAAUGCCUAUUAUCAGCCAGCCCGGCAAUCGCACACGCCAAAACUAAAAGAAGAUUUUGGUUCUACUACUGCUGCAAGUGCAUACAAAUCUUCGCAGGCAUAUGAAUCAUCAGAAAGAGGAACUUCGCAAAGAAACCAUCGAUUCCGUGGAAGACAAAGGGCACAACCAAAAGAUGAUGCUUUUGACAAUAACAAUCCUUCUGUCAGUGUGAGGACACAAUCAAAUCAAGAGUAUUCCAAUUCAGACACCCAACUUCAUCAUAUUCAACAAACAACAGAGAAAAAUUCUAUUUUGCAGCAGUUUACACAAUUACCGCAGUUAACUCCAAUCUUGUCAACCCAAGUUUCCCACACGCCAACAUCCUUGCCAAUUCAAGAGUUCCAACAAGUACCAACAAUACAGCAAGGUCAAAAUGUUAACGCAGGCUCCCAGUUACAGUUCCAGCAAAAACAGUAUGAUGAGGCAGGAUUCAAACAGCAAUCUUCACCUUUACAACCCAUAGCUGUACAAAUUUACCAAGAUACAGAAUCCCCGGUUGUGCUUGACCCUCAGAAAACAUUAACCACUUUCCAGCCAUCAGAAUUGAACCCAGUGACUUCAAAAUCUUUAGGCUAUGAUCCAUCAGCACAGACCACUGAAAACAUUCAAGCCAUACAACGAAAUUCACCCAGGUACACUAAUAUUCAGAGGACUAGACAGAGAACACAAUCUAAUGUAGUUUACCAAGAAUCAUUUGUGCAGAAUCAAGUGCAUCCUGAAAAUGCAAAUAGUGCUAAAAUUGAGGAUCAAAAUCAGAACUAUUUUGGAGAGCAGACUUUCAAUGAAGCAAACCAUCAAAUGACCACUACAUCAAGGACAACUACUGAAGAAGCAACAAGGUCUAUUCAUGCAAAACUGAGAGGACGAACUAGGACAAGACAGAGACCUCAAGUAAGUGAACUUACAACCCAAAAAGUUCAAUACUCAGGAAGUAAGAAACAAGAACCACACGAGGAAGAGGAGGCAUAUGGUUUCAUUCGAGCAACAGGAAAACCUGUUUACCUCGAGAAUAUCAGUGAAGAAUCAACUGAUCAAAUACCUAUACUGCAAAAAAUAAGAAAUAUAGCCUCACAAAAUAUUCAGAACUCUAGAUAUGAAGCAGGAGGAUAUUCUACAGAGGUAACUCUAAGUACUGAAACACCACCACAACAUAUCAUACGAGCUGGAUUAAGAAAGAAGGUACGUGGUUCAGCUAGACGACAAACCACAACAGCGACUCCAGGAACGACGACAACAGAAAAUAACCACAAAGUGUACACCGUCAGGCCUGUACGAAGACCUAACAUUAAAACCAAAUUAGUAAGUACAAAAGGUAGGAUACGUCGACCAACUCCUCCUACAACUACCCCUAGUACUGUGACAACAAUACCACCAACAUUACAGGCAGCAGCGCCUGACUGGGAACAGCGGCGACCUAGUGCUCAAAGACUUCCACAAGCUGGGUCCAACGAGGUUAUCACUCAGACAGUACGGAGCUCAUUGCAAAAAUAUAACGCAAAUCAGCCUCCUGAUCAGCAACCCUGGAAUCACUAUCAAACCGCAGCUGCCUCGCCCACAGCAAGUGACUUUCAAGUCAAUUUAGGAGAUGAUUUGAGCCAGCCAGAUCCAUCUCAGUGGACUCCUCCUCAAGAUGGCGGCUUUUUCAUCAACUUCAGACAAACACCAAAUGUUCCUUAUGACCAAAUCGGUGUGGGAAGCCAAAGGCAAUCGUCCUACAUCGAAGAACAGAAAGGAGCCGAGAGUCAAAGGUACAGCACUAUUUAUAUGCUUCCAUAUUCUUCUGAAGAAAUGAGAAAAUAUGCUGCACAGACUGAUGGCUCUCACACUACAACUGCUUUACCUUAUAUACAAGAUGACGAGACAAAAUAUCAUGAAGAAAAUGAGGAGAAAGAUUAUCUUACAACAGAAACCAACACUCAAUCAUCAGAAGAUGAAUCUAAAGAAGCAGAAAGCAAAAUUAAUGAUCUAAAGAAAAUGGCAGAAUCAUUCAGCACGACAGGAAAAAAGGUAUGUAUACACUUCAUAUGUUUUUAAGACAGUCUCUGGCAAAAUAAUAUUUUUUUUUCAACAAAAGAGUAGAACUUUUAAAUACACGAAUAUAACAAAAGUUAAAUACUGAACCAAGACAUCUAUUACUGACGUGAUUACAUUUGAAUUAUUGUCAACAGGACCAAUAAAUUGAAUCAUUUUAUAUUAAACUAUAAUAGUCAACAAAAAAUUAUUUAACCUUAGAAUGAUGUCAAAUAUCAGUUAUAAAAAUGUAAACUGUGGAUGUAAAUAAACACAUAACUUUUGCAAUGAAAAACCCUUAUGGUUUGGUUCACCACGCAAAACAUAAAAAAAUUAUUUGCUCAGUGCAUUGAAAAUGAGUAUGGGAUAACCACGUAUGUUCAACUUGUUUGGAAACUACUAUUUAACAUAAUUUAGGUACGACAUUUCAGCAACAAUAGUCAUGGCCAUCGAAAAGGAGGAGGGGGGGGGGGGGGGGGGGCAAACUCCGGGACCUGGACACCAGAGAAUUCUGUUACGUUUCAAUAGUUUUUAAAGCAUAAUAGCAGGACGAAAAUUAAAAGUCUGUAAACCUUAAGUUAUGCAAUGUUCACAUCAUGUUAAAGUCCUGGCUUCGGUAACUCUUAGUACAAGCAAAUCUGCUGGAAGAACGUUGUAACAGACUAUAAGGAGACACAAAAAUAUAUAUCUAUAAGAUAUUUUGUUUCAUCUUAGAUGAGGAGGAUGUUUGGUCAUGGACGAAAAUCUGUAGCAUUACCAGGGGGGCCCGUGAGAUAGCAUUUAUUUAUUAUCCCAUUUCACAGUUACAAUUUAGCAUGUGCACAAGCGAAUCCCCUGAAAUGAGGGCUUUUGUUUCAGGGAGAGGUAGGGGGGGGCUGGCCGCCCCAAGAACUAGUCCAUGGGCUUCGUCAUAACUUGGUGGCGAAAUAUUAAAACCUGAGAGGCAAUGAGAAAUCUACCGGCCACAACAGGUGGAUGUUGCGUUAAGGAAAUGUUAUUUCAAGAUAAUAAGUGGGACUGUUUCUGUUGCAGUCAGUAACUCAGAUUUCAUUUACUCUCCUUAAUUUGUCUACCGUGUCCAUUCAGUUUUAGCAUUUUACAGUGGGUCAGCACAAACAAACACUGGCGAAGCAUAAUCAAAUUGUAUGUGUGCGUGUGUAAUUUUUUUUCGAUCCAGUUGUCGCCAGGUGUGAGAUUCGCAUAUAGAAAUUUUUGUAUUUGACAAGUGAAUAUUUUAUUUAUCAGUAUAUUUAUCACGCUCAGCAUUAUUUUAAAGAAUUAUACAAUAUAUGUUGUGUCAGAGUUUCAUAUUAUAAGUUUAUUUGCAACAUGAACAACAUGAGAACACAUGAAUGUGCUCGUUACUGAGGUUACCUGUUUACACAUCAUUGGUAAAUACUGGAAGAAGCGUGCACAUUUUUUUUCUCUUUCAAUUAAUUUUAAUUCAGCUAUCAAGACUUAUUCAAAAUGAACCUAUUGGCAUGUUACAGGGUUAAAAUUAUCAUACAUAUUGAUUUAAACAGCCAUGCUUUCUUCAGCUCCUUUUGCUAUCUUCUUUACAGACAACCAGACACUAUUAAUGUAUGGCUCUUCCACUUUAGUUUUUAAGUACUUUUUUUCUUAAAGCAUACUAGUGCAAGUACAUUUAUUGAUAGAAACUCUAAAUAACAGGAGAAUAAAAGCCUUUAGAAAUCAGUGAAAAAAAAAAAUGAAAUACUACAAACUAAUGUUUUAUUUUCUCUUGUGUGCAGAAUGUCCACGGCCGCCGGAGAGGGACGUGGGUCAGAGUGCGCGUGACACCCAGUAGCAAGGAUGCCUUGGAGACAGCAGAAUCACAGAACCUGGCCACGGUCGCCUUCAACGCCAUUUCUUCUUCAUCGCCGAAAGCUACAUCACAACCUGACCACGAGGAAGAAGGUCUUGGUGGCGGCAGUUCGGUGAAUGAUUCCCACUCAUCUAUCGUGCACCAUCUUUCGUCGGAAGAGGUGACAGUGGUACCUACAGUCACCACCACUAUCUCGACAGAAGGAACCACAAGUGAAGAUUUAUCGGGUAGCACGACGACAGGUCAAACCUAUCACAACCACAAAACGGAAUACGAUAAUGCAUCUGUUGAGCAACAGAGAGAAUCCCCUCAAAACACCCAGUCUUUCAGGGAUUUCUGGGACAUGGCAGCUUACUUUGACAGUUUCUCGCCAUCAUCCAAGGACUAUGACGAUGGCACUGCUGAGGAGACUAGUGAUUUACCAGCUGACAAUACGACCCACUGGCCAAGUGCGAUGUCAGAGCAAGAAAACAAUCACAGAGAACAAGGCACUAUUGAAACUGACUUAACAGAUGCUGUAAUAGACAUACAUGGCCAGGAUAAACAUCAUGAACCUGACUUCACUACGACAGAAGCUUCCGUAGACACACAAAGCAGUACCACAACUGAUGAAACCUCCGCCAUCAGAAAUUAUAUUGACGGCACAGAUUCGCAAAGUGUUAAUCCAACACAGGAGGUACAGUUGAAGAAAAAUGACACCAAACAAACUGAAAUUUUACCGCUGUCUGGAGAGGGAAUUGUAAAGCCAGAACACAUACCAACUGAUUUGAACAUCCUACAAAAUGGACAAAAACUUCCAUCGAAAUUCACUUAUAAAACACAUGUUCAGCAAAGGUUAAAAAUUAAUAACCUAAGAAAGCCAAGUUCAAAAAUUCAUGGACUUCUAGACAGUGACAUAUCAACUCAAACUAAGCCAGACACAUCAGACACUAAAAGUAUAAACACUACAAAUUCAAAAGAAAAUAAUUCUAAUCUCAUAUCUUCAUCUGAAUCUGAAAAUCACAGGCACGCAAAUGUGCAUUCUAGCACUAGUGCCAAAAAGCCACAAACACCUUCAGUGCUCCGAAAGAACAAAAACAAAAUAUCAACUCUGCAAGGCAGCCCAAUUUACGACACCAUUCAGGAUAUCAUCAGCAAAGCGGAGAAAUAUGACUCCAGCGAAUCAUCUGAGCCCGCAAUUAAUUUUGAAAUUCAUAAGAUGUACCCGAGAACAUCCACCUUAAACACACCCAUCAUGGAGCAACUACGAAUUCUCGGCACCUCGACAUCCACAGAGGUGUCGCAUGAAACUGAGAUCUGCUACAGGGGACGAUGCGUCAAGACGAAAACAAAGGCAAGUGACCAAGUGCCUGUUGAGUGAUCGACUGAAAAUCACAGACUGCGUGCUCGCACAAAAGGUCAUUCUCUCAUUCACUGUGUACAAGAGUGAACAGGAAGCAAUUACAUAAAGCUUCUUUUAACACUGACAUUUUUCAUUACAAUUUAAUUUACUGUUAACUUACAACCAUGCAGAACAACUCUCUCUGCAAGUGCUAUUGAUAAUAAAAAUAUCACCGCAAAAAAUAAUUCAUAACAUGUUUGUCACACAAUAUAAACCACAGUGUCUCUCUCUAAAUGUACACACAGGUAACUAUUCUAAGAAGUGAUACUAGGUGAUAUCACUUUGCAAUUUAUGAAACACGUGCCAAGAACUGCAACAAAAAUUACUUCGGGUAACUAAAUGUAGUAUUAAAAUAUUUCUCUAUGAACAUUUGUACAUGAUCUAUUUUAAAGCAUGCAUGACCAUUUGAAAAAAAAAAGUAGUAGUUGGUGUAGUACUGGAAGUUUGCAUAAGCUACUUUUUAAUAACUUGAGGUUUGAAUAUGAAAUAGAAAAUUAUAAAUCAAUAAAAAUAAAUCAGUAGUAGUUUGCACACAAAUUUUUGGCAAUUAAAUUUAAAAAAUGUUAGUUUCCUUCAUUUAUGAAUUAAUAUCAAAUACAUAAAAUAAAAAUGUUAUGCAAGAAGUCUAUGUAUUUAAAAGAUGUGCUAAUGUGUGUUACAUUGAACUAUAUUACCUAUUACAGACCAUUUGCAAGAGAUGAAAAAUUUCACUGAGGUCAAUUAAAUGCAAAUGUAAUACGGUUACAAAAGAACAGAUGACCCUAAAUAAUUCUGUAAUAUCACCUGAAAUGGUUCAUGCAGUAAAGUUAAACUAUGUGUUGAUAAAUUAAUUAUAGCUGUGUGGUCACACAAACUAUCUCCACUGCUGUCAAACUAAAAAGAAUCCUAUAUUCAAGAAUCCUAUAUUCAUGUGUUAAUAACACCACUUGGCUUAGUGUUGGAUCAAAGAGAUAAACUCUUCACUUGUAGUUUUUAAAUUAUUUUACACAAUGAUGUAACAUAGAAACAUCUUUCUUUAUACAAUACAAAUAAGUGGCAGUAAACAGUAUAUGAACUAUUUACUAAUUGUUUGUUGAAUAAAAAUACUGUUAAAUACCAGAUGAUGUUGAAAUAUUAUUAGACAUAUGUGAAAAAAUAUGAUUUUUUUUUAAACAUUAUAUACAUUUACAAGCUAGACUGAUUGUUCAGCAGCCCUCCUACCACAUCACAAAGAUAAGACUAAUUAAAUAUUAAUAUUUAAAUACAAGAUGUCAAGUGUUAUUUAUAGCUUUCACUGUGUAUAAUGUGUAAAAUAUGAACUAUGUAUUUUGUAUAAAACUUGCUGAGGUUAUUUAUAAUUAUAUUUUUAUGAACAAUUCUAAGCUUUUUUUAAUGUGAAUCUUUUAGAGCAGUUGAUAUCAAUGUAGAACAUAUUUUCAACCUAAAUUAUAAAUUAAUUAAAUGAUAAUGAAGACCACUCAUAGUGUACAUAUGUGGAGAAAAUAAACAUUUUCAUUCAUUUA